UUAGUGGGCUGAUCGGCUCCUGUUUGCUUGGCUCCAGUCUGCGUCUCCGAGCCCGCGGGCCCCGAUGAGAAGCGCCCCUGCGCUGCCGGACUGACGCCUCGCCGCCCUCCCCGCGCACGAGAAGGAGCGCGGCGCCCCCGAUCGCGGGCCGCCCCUGCACCGCCCUCCCCGGCGGGGGCUCGUCUGCCGCCUGCGGGGCGGGCGGCGCGGUGGUGACAGCGCGGCGGCGGCGAGGCCGGGGGAGCGGGAGCGCCGCCGCCGAAGACCAUGAGGAAAUUUAACAUUAGGAAGGUGCUGGACGGCCUGACGGCGGUCUCCGCCGUCGCCUCGGCGUCGUCCGCCGCGCAGCAACAGCAGGCGGGGAACCGGGAGACGGAAAUCCAGGAGACGCUCCAGUCCGAGCACUUCCAGCUCUGCAAGACCGUACGCCAUGGUUUCCCCUAUCAACCUUCAGCCUUGGCAUUUGAUCCGGUUCAGAAAAUACUGGCCAUCGGGACUCAGAGUGGAGCACUAAGGCUCUUCGGUCGGCCAGGAGUUGAAUGCUACUGCCAACAUGAUAGCGGAGCUGCAGUAAUCCAGCUUCAGUUCCUGAUUAAUGAGGGAGCUCUUGUGAGUGCCUUGGCUGACGAUACCUUACACCUGUGGAACUUGCGUCAGAAGAGACCUGCUAUACUUCAUUCACUCAAAUUCAACCGAGAACGGAUAACGUUUUGUCAUCUGCCUUUCCAAAGCAAGUGGCUGUAUGUGGGGACCGAAAGAGGAAACAUUCACAUUGUCAAUGUGGAAUCAUUUACUCUCUCAGGCUAUGUCAUCAUGUGGAAUAAAGCCAUUGAACUUUCGUCCAAAUCUCACCCAGGACCUAUUGUCCACAUUAGUGACAAUCCAAUGGAUGAAGGAAAGCUUCUGAUUGGCUUUGAAUCUGGAACGGUGGUAUUAUGGGACCUGAAGUCAAAGAAGGCAGAUUACAGAUACACACAUGAUGAGGCUAUCCACUCUGUGGCUUGGCAUCAUGAAGGAAAACAAUUUAUUUGUAGUCACUCAGAUGGUACCUUGACCAUAUGGAAUGUAAAAUCUCCUACCAAACCAUUCCAGACAAUCACUCCACAUGGAAAGCAGCUGAAGGAUGGAAAGAAGCCAGAACCCUGCAAACCUAUUCUUAAGGUGGAAUAUAAAACUACUAGAGCUGGGGAGCCUUUCAUCAUUCUCUCAGGAGGCUUGUCAUAUGACACUGUAGGAAGAAGACCCUGCUUAACAGUUAUGCAUGGAAAAAGUACUGCUGUGCUAGAAAUGGAUUAUUCUAUUGUUGAUUUCCUAACCCUCUGUGAAACACCAUAUCCUAAUGACUUUCAGGAACCAUAUGCUGUAGUUGUUCUCCUAGAAAAGGACUUAGUACUGAUUGACCUUGCACAAAAUGGGUAUCCUAUAUUUGAGAAUCCCUAUCCUUUGACUAUACAUGAAUCUCCAGUUACCUGUUGUGAAUAUUUUGCUGAUUGUCCUGUGGACCUCAUACCUGCACUCUAUUCAGUUGGUGCUCGUCAGAAACGUCAAGGUUACAGUAAGAAGGAAUGGCCUAUCAGUGGAGGCAACUGGGGUUUGAUCACUCAGAGCUAUCCAGAGAUAAUUAUUACAGGGCAUGCUGAUGGGUCAAUCAAGUUUUGGGAUGCCUCAGCAAUAACGCUGCAAGUACUCUAUAAGUUAAAAACAGCCAAAGUAUUUGAAAAAUCACGGAAUAAAGAUGACAGGCCAAACACAGAUAUAGUAGAUGAAGAUCCAUAUGCUAUUCAGAUCAUCUCGUGGUGUCCAGAAAGUAGAAUGCUGUGCAUAGCUGGAGUUUCUGCACAUGUCAUUAUUUACAGGUUCAGCAAGCAGGAAGUGACAACAGAAGUCAUUCCGAUGCUGGAAGUACGUCUGCUAUAUGAAAUAAAUGAUAUUGAAACUCCAGAUGGUGAGCAGGUGCCACCUUCAUCAACUCCAGGCGCAGGUUCCAAUCCUCAAUCCAUUGUUCCCCAGUCUCACCCAUCUACUAGUAGCAGUUCAUCUGAUGGACUUCGUGAUAAUGUCCCGUGUUUAAAAGUUAAAAAUUCUCCUCUCAAGCAGUCUCCAGGCUACCAAACUGAGCUAGUUAUCCAGCUAGUGUGGGUGAGUGGAGAACCUCCUCAACAGAUAACCAGCUUAGCAGUCAACUCAGCAUAUGGCCUAGUAGUUUUUGGAAACUGUAAUGGUAUUGCCAUGGUUGAUUACCUCCAGAAGACAGUGCUCUUGAAUCUAGGCACUAUUGAACUGUAUGGCUCCAAUGAUCCUUAUCGCAGGGAGCCACGAUCUCCCCGAAAAACUCGGCAACCGUCUGGAGCAGGUCUUUGUGAUAUUAAUGAAGGUACAGUGGUGCCAGAAGACCGGUGCAAGUCGCCGACAUCAGCAAAGAUGUCCAGGAAGCUAAGUUUGCCAACUGAGUUAAAGCCUGAUUUAGAUGUCAAAGACAACUCUUUCAGUCGAUCCCGGAGUUCUAGUGUAACUAGCAUUGAUAAAGAGUCACGCGAGGCAAUUUCAGCUCUUCAUUUUUGUGAGACUUUCACAAGAAAGGCUGAUACAUCACCUUCCCCAUGCCUGUGGGUUGGGACCACGCUGGGCACAGUGCUUGUCAUUGUACUGAACUUACCCCCAGGAGGAGAGCAAAGACUUCUUCAGCCAGUAAUUGUUUCUCCUAGUGGAACCAUCCUGAGGCUAAAAGGGGCAAUCUUGAGAAUGGCUUUUUUGGAUACCACAGGAUCUUUGGUCCCACCAGCACAUGAACCCUGGAGAGAAUACAAUGUUCCUGAAGAUAAAGAUGAAAAAGAAAAAGCAAAAAAACGACGUCCUGUCUCAGUGUCCCCUUCUUCCUCUCAGGAAAUCAGUGAAAACCAAUAUGCAGUGAUAUGUUCAGAAAAGCAAGCAAAAGUUAUCUCACUGCCAUCCCAGAACUGUACUUAUAAGCAAAAUAUAACAGAGACUUCUUUUGUUCUUCGUGGAGACAUAGUGUCAUUGAGUAACAGUAUCUGCCUUGCAUGUUUCUGUGCCAAUGGGCAUAUUAUGACUUUUAGUUUGCCAAGUUUAAGGCCAUUGUUGGAUGUAUAUUACCUGCCACUCACCAAUAUGCGGAUAGCCAGAACAUUCUGCUUCACCAAUAAUGGACAAGCACUCUAUCUGGUCUCACCAACUGAAAUACAGAGGCUCACCUACAGCCAAGAAACAUGUGAAAAUCUUCAGGAAAUGUUGGGUGAGCUCUUCACUCCUGUAGAAACACCAGAAGCACCAAACAGAGGGUUCUUUAAAGGCCUGUUUGGAGGUGGGGCACAGUCACUUGACAGAGAAGAACUGUUUGGAGAAUCAGCAUCUGGGAAGGCAUCAAGGAGUCUUGCCCAGCAUAUUCCAGGACCUGGAGGUAUUGAAGGUGUCAAAGGAGCAGCAUCUGGUGUAGUUGGUGAACUAGCACGAGCCCGGUUGGCAUUAGAUGAAAGAGGACAGAAACUAGGAGAACUGGAAGAAAAGACUGCAGCUAUGCUUUACAGUGCUGAUUCUUUCUCAAAACACGCUCAUGAGAUGAUGUUGAAGUACAAAGACAAGAAGUGGUACCAAUUCUGAUGACGCUCAUCAAUUACAUCUGUUUAAUUUUGUCCUGAUGAAAAAAAAUCUUGUUUUUUCAUUAAUUUUGGCAGGACCACUGAAAUUUAAAGGAGUAUUCACCGUUGGAUACUGUUGUUUCCUAGCACAAAUGACACACUGUUUUACCUCAGUCAUGGCUUUAACUGAGGAGCUUUAUAUCUAAGAAACACAUACACAAAACAAACUUGAGUGUUUCUUAGCUGUUGGUUAGAAGAGAGGUGGAACUGAGAAAGUAACUAGAAGUUGUGGAAAAGAAAGUAAAGGGAAAACAUAGUGUGAGAUGGGCAGGGGCAAUGCAGGGUCAAUCCUGUGUUAAUAUUUCAUAUGCCAAAAGUUUUUGUGCUAUUGUAAUUGCUGUCAGUGUUAUACCCUCCUCUGAGGAGAGGCAAUAAAUCAGGGGUCCAAGAGCUGGAAUCAAGUGGUUUGUCUUGCUGGACAGUACCUGACUUACACUUACCAUCUCUAGGACUCACUGUAUUUACCAUUAUCAUUGAAGAAGAGUUGAAGUUUGCUGUCACUUCUUUCAUCGGAGAAACUGGAAGCUUGGGAGAUUCCUUGUUGAAAACUGUACACAUAGUUGACCUGUGCAUAGUCUUUUCUUGGACCCCUGAUCUAGUAUUCUUGUAUUCACAUCAUAUUCUGUGAAGUGCAAAACAAAAGAAAACAUAAUUUUUGCAUUAAAAAAGUCAAGUGAAUAAUAUGACUGGAAUGUGUCAUGCUGGGAGUUUUCAUUUGUAUUAUGGCCGUGCAAUGUGAAAUGUGGUAACAUCUUCAUUGUGGUAAGAAUACUUCAACUUCUGUUCAGUUAAAUGCCAUUUUUUUGCCAAAAAUAGUUAUUGGUUAAGGUUGUGUAACAUUUAGAAAUGGCUGUGGGUUCCAUUCAUGCUGUGAGUUUUUAUAAAUGUUUAACAGAAUGUGUCUUUACAGCCAUUAAUUAAAAUAGCUGAGAUAGUUUUGCUCAAAACUUGAGUUCUAGAUGCCCCUUUAGUCCCUUUACUAUGAAAUCAGAUAACCAUGGACUCAGGUUUUCAAACUUUUACAUGCCAUGGAGGUGCUGAUGCAUGAAUAAUGGCAAGCAAGCAUCUAAUAUUUACCAGUUGUCAGUAUGCGGUUUAGCAAAUCUCUAAGUUCUGCUAGUAAAACUAUUUUACAAGUACCUGUCUCAGCCCCACUCAUCACUAAAGGCAGUUGGCCUGAAGUUUGGAUUUAGUCUCUAAAGCAGUGUUGUCAAUAUAAACAGUGGUAAAGUGUGCACAGAAACUUUAUGAAUUGGUGAAAUAAUUUCAGUUUGGGUGAGGUAAAUAAUACAGCUGAGCUAACUUGUUAAUGGCUACUGCACUAAAGCUGAUAUCGUGGGAAUGACCCAGAGCUCUUUUUGAGAAGAUUUCUUAAAAUAAAUGCUUGCAUUUCAAAAAUUUAUUUAGACAUUUUUCCUCAAAGUAGAAAUAGUUACUGACUGGUUUUGUCUUAUAAAAGGGAGUACUUAGAAGCUGAUAGGUCUGCAUUGUCUGAAAUUAAUCAUUUGAGUUUGCUUCUCCAAGCAUUGUUUUGUUUGCUUUUUUCACAAAUGUUUUGAAUGUUCCCAAAGCAAAACCUUGGUUAUAUUUGUAUUGUGAUGUUGCAGGUACACAGAUAAGGCAACCUUACAAAACACCUAAAGGAUGCAAAAUAUUGAAGUUACUGAUGGUUUUUAAUUUCACUUUUUAAAUGAGAGGCCAAUAUGUUUGGGCUUUGUAGCACAAACUGAUAAAUUUUCCUGCUUUAUAGUAACAUUUAAUUUAAAAGACAAGUGAAUUCUUUUGCCAAUAUGAAGGCAUGCCAUACCACAUCCACUGUUCAAAGGACUUAUGAGAACAUGACAAUUUGAACAAGCAACACUGGUUUCUUGACAGCUCUCUCCCAAACCUACUGAGGCAAUGUUAACUCCAGUUGCUUAACUGAGCUUGCCAUGCAAUAUUUGCCUCUGCAUGUUAAAUUAUUUUUUAGUGUCUAAUUAAUGCAUAUUUAUAUUAACACCAUUUUGUUAAAAAUCCAGGUAGAAGAAAACUAGAUAAACUCAUAUCCAUACCACAUACGAAAAUAAAAUACCCUAGCUGACACUUGUUCCCUUCCUUAUCUCAACGUUUAUAAAUUGAGAUGACUGAUUAUUAUUUGACCAGGUGAAGAUAAACUAUAUUUCAAGGCAAUAGAAUCCUUGAAAUUAAUCUGGCCAGGCUCCGGUUGAGAGGAUGGUAAAAUUACUCUUCAAUAAAUCAUGGUAUCAUUCAAUGGAAGAUGACCUUGACGUGAAAGGAAAUGUACUUAACUUUCUCAUCAAGACACAUUUGACAACCACCAGCAAGCAAAAAAAUGAGGCAGUGAGAGACCAUCUGCCAGUACAAGAAGAGUAGUGGCUUAUUUGAUAUUAUAGAAUCUAUCAUAGUUGAAUCUCUUAUGUUGAUUAAGUUCAGAGUAUGCUUCUAGAUAUGAAGACUAAUUAAAUGAUUGCUCAUGAGAUAAACACACAAAUGGUUCUUGGUCAAUAAAAGGGGCUAUGUACAAUUUUAGUCUAAAAUGUUCCUUUUUCCUUCCCUGUGGAAGGAAGUUUAUCAUAGAUACAUCAUUGAAUCUUAUUCUGCUAUUGGUGGUGCACCUUUUGUACAGCAAAGUAAAUUGAAAUCCUUGUGGGGAAGCACCCCUGGUAUUUUCACUAGCCUUUUAGUUGUGUGAAACUUUUUCAGAGUGUCUGGAAAACUAUAAAAUACAAUUAAGCUAUUACUUUCUUUUUUUUUUUGAAUGAAAGUAAGAAACUGCUGCUACCUAUCUGUUUAUAUGUAGUGUGUCUCGUUAGGAACUGUCAAUUGAAGAAGCUUUUCUUCACCUUAGUCCUGCCAAAUUGUAACUUUUGAAUCCUGGUAUGUGUAAAUAUGCGUGUGUUCGAAAUCAGUCUGAAAGUGUUACACCACAGGCAUCUCCAGUGAUUUGUUCUUCAGCAAACAGUCAGUUCUAAAAUAUAGUAAUAUAUAGCUGUG